CUGACCCUAUUAAAGCAGAACCUGGUCCUGUUACCUGGAGAACAGAAACCGGUCCUGACCCUGAUAAAGCAGAACCCGGUUCUGUUACCUGGAGAACAGUACCUGGUCCUCACCCUGUUAAAGCAGAACCUGGUCCUGUUACCUGGGGAACAGAACCCGGUCCUGACCCUGUUAAAGCAGAACCCGGUCCUGACCCUGUUAAAGCAGAACCCGGUCCUUGUAUCUGGACUCAGGACCUGUCGUGAUGCUAACAGGCAGCUAGCUGGUCUCUACAACAGCCGCCAUUUUGUGCCUUUUGCAUUGACAUCGCCAUAACAACGGCCUUAACAACGGCCUGCUCCAGAGAACACCUGAGGCUGCAGGGUCCCCGGAGCGAGCAGCGGACACUACCUGCCCCCUGUCCCCCCAGACCCGACUCUGGACCGACUCUGGACCGGCUCUGGACCGGCUCUGGCCCGGCUCUGGCCCGGCUCUGGACCUGCAGCUAGCUAACAUUGUGUUUAGCUCCUGAAACAACAAACAGCUUGUGAACAUUAAAGCUCAUCUGAGAGGAAACAGCUUCACCUCACGGUCCGCGCGCUCUCGAUGAAAGGCACCAUGUGGAAAGCUGCCGUGUUUGCUGUGUGUGUGCUGGUGGCCGGAGUUCAGCCCAUGGACGACCCGUCGUAUGGGGUGAAGCUGUGCGGCCGUGAGUUCAUCCGGGCGGUGAUCUUUACCUGUGGAGGCUCACGAUGGAGACGGUCUCUGAGGAGUGCAGAUCCUUCAGAGGACCCGUUCAGCUCCCAUGGGGACGACUCCUCAGAGAGCCUGAGUCAUAACCUCAUGGUAGAGGGUCUUCUCCAGGGGACCAGAGACCUGAGCAUUACACCCAGAGACGACCGGGACGGAGUGUUUCGGAGACCGGUCCGCUCCUUCAUUACAGAGGAGAUCCUGGAGGCCCUCCGCAAGGCUGACCGCAAGGGCAGAGACGUGGUGGUGGGUCUAUCCAAUGCCUGCUGCAAGUGGGGCUGCAGUAAGAGCGAGAUCAGCUCCCUGUGCUGAGACUCCACCGACCCCAACCCGGCCUUACUAACCCCCCAGCGCUCAUAUAUCUGAGUAAAGACACAUGCACGAACACGUCUCCCAACACAACAUAAAUCACCACAUCCACAGACCUGUUACUCAGUCUUUAUUCAUGUGAGUCUUGCUCCUGUGUUUAUAAACUGUCUGAGUUCUUGUCUCAUUUUAAUAUCAAUGAAAUGUGUAAAUGGAGUGUAUGUAAACAGCUGCCAUGUGUCCAAAAUGUGUGUGUGUAGGUUUGUGUUCAAUAAAGAUCAAUUUGGUUUUGU